AGCAGGGAACGGUGAGAAUUCAUGCUGUGUUAGCAUCCCCUCAGCAACUCCAUCAAUACCGCAUACAGCUGAGAAACUGGCAAAGGUCCUCCGUGCUGCGUUUUCAGGCUCGGACUGCAAAAGAGAGCAACUCCCACGACCGGUCGGCUCAGUGUGCUGCUCCUGCUGCUGCUGAGGGGGACUCUGAGAGGGGCAGAGCGCACACACACGUACGCUCACCCACACACUCACUCACUCACUGGAGCCUCUGCUGCAUCAAGAGGAAGAAGAGGAGUGCGGAGGAGGGUACGGAGGGACACGCAGACUGGGAAUACUCUAGCGGAGAGAGCCAAUCCGGAGAGGGAGAAGACUGCGAGGAGAGCCGUGCUAAUAUGCUGCCGUGCUCCGCAGGGACGGCUGAGCACCAGGGACUUUGACAGGAUCUCAGUGCACCUGCUCCAUGCACGCGGAUUAUGUGGAGGAGCUGACGUGUGCGAUGGCCAGCUUGGACCUGCAGGUUCUCAGACCUCCAGCUCUGCAUUACCGUUACCUCCAAAACAAGCAGCCCAGCUCCACGAUCUGACUGUACCUCCCCUCCUCUCCUCUCCCCCUCUCCCUCCCUCUCCCUGGGUGUCCCUCAAUCCUGGGCCCACCAUGGGAGGAUGCUUCUCCAAACCCAAACCAGUUGAAGUAAAAGUGGAACUCUCUCUCCUGGAUAAAGAAAAAGAGGUGGACGGGUUGUCGCCUAAUGGCAAAGCGAGCCCCUUUGCUGAAUGCAGACCUAACGGGGCCCUGGCUCACGGCUCUGACGAUGACUCCACCCUGCUCCCUCUCUACCACAAACCCCGGGACUAUGUGGAGGCCUCUGUGUGCCACGUUAAAGAUCUGGAAAAUGGACAAAUGCGAGAGGUUGAUUUGGGAAGCGGCAGGGCUCUGUUGAUUAAAGAACAUGGGGAGUUCACAGCCAUGGGCCACAAGUGUCCACACUAUGGAGCACCUCUGGUUAAAGGUGUGCUGUCCAAAGGACAUGUGCGCUGUCCCUGGCACGGUGCAUGUUUCAACAUUGCAACAGGAGACAUUGAGGACUUCCCUGGACUGGACAGCCUGCCCAUCUUUCAGGUCAGAGUUGAAAAGGACAAGGUGAUCAUUCGGGCAAACAAGCAGGCUCUUCAGUCACAGAAAAGGUCAAAGCCCAUGGCCCGAUGUUCAGCAGUCAUUAACUCCAACACAGGAUUCAGCCAUGUUCUCAUUAUUGGCUCAGGUCCAGCCAGUUUGGUGUGUGCAGAAACACUGAGGCAAGAGGGCUUCACAGAUCGCAUUGUCAUGUGCACUAUGGACAAACAUCCUCCAUAUGACAGGCCUAAACUGAGUAAGUCCUUAGAGAGCACGGCAGAGCAGCUGAGACUGCGCUCCAUGGACUUCUUGCAAGAUCAUGACAUUGAACUUCUCAAAGAGAAAGAGGUGGUGGCAAUAGAUGUGAAAACACAAUCUGUGAUAUUUGAAGAUGGCCUGAGGAUGGAGUACAGGAAACUCUUUAUUGCUACAGGAAGCAAACCAAAACCAAUGAACUACAAGGGCAAAGAUGUCAGGAAUGUGUUUCACCUCAGGACGCCCGAGGAUGCUAACAGCAUAGCGAGGCUAGCCAACAACAAGAAUGCAGUGAUUGUGGGAACGUCAUUUGUGGGUAUGGAGGUGGCUGCAGCUCUGACUGACAAGGCCCACUCAGUCUCUGUCAUCGGGAUCGAGUCGGUCCCUUUUAAAAAAGCUCUCGGGGAGAAAGUAGGGAAAGCCAUAAUGAAGCUGUUUGAGGCAAACAGGGUGAAAUUCUACAUGCUGAACGAGGUGUCAGAGAUGGUUGGCCAUCAUGGACAGUUGAAAGAGGUUGUACUGAAGAGUGGAAAAGUCCUGCGGGCAGAUGUGUGUGUCAUUGGAGCAGGAAGCGUUCCUGCAACAGGGUUCCUGAAACAGAGCGGCAUCCACUUAGACUCCAAGGGCUUCAUUACUGUAAACAAGAAUAUGCAGACAAAUGUUGAUGGGGUCUUUGCUGGAGGAGAUGUGGUGAUGUUUCCUUUCCCACCACGCAACAACAAGAAGGUGAACAUCCCUCACUGGCAAAUGGCUCAUGUACACGGAAAGGUAGCAGCUCUUAGCAUGAUGGGCAGAGCCACUGAGGUCAAAACCGUGCCUUACUUCUGGUCAGCCAUGUUUGGGAAGACCAUACGCUAUGCAGGUUAUGGUGAUGGAUUUGAUGAUGUCAUUAUACAAGGAGAUCUGGAUGAACUGCGCUUUGUAGCAUUUUAUACAAGGAGUGAGGAGGUGGUUUCUGUCGCCAGCAUGAACUAUGAUCCCAUUGUAUCCCGAGUGGCAGAGGUCCUAGGAUCCGGAAAGACGAUUAAGAAGCGAGAUGUGGAGAUGUUAACACGACUUGGCAAGACUGGAGACAUUUCUUGGUUGAUUGACAAAGGCUCUCAAUGACUUCCCAUCUGAAGUUCCCAGUCCCUUUGGACACCUCCAUAUGGACACUCAUGGUGCUGAGACACUGAGCAGCUAUCACAGUCUAUUCACAACACACACACCCUGCUAAUAUGACUGUCUGUUUGGGACAUGCUUACCUGAGGACAUCACUCAAACUUGCUUUUUCUCCUAAGAGACACUUUAAAAUAACAAAAGGAGCCACGCACGACCUGAAAACACUGAGCGACUGUGUCGGCAGGUCUUUUAUUAUCGAUGUUGUCUUGUUUCACAACGAAGCAAUACCGGUGUCAGCCUCUGUGCUGCUGCAAGAUGUAUCUACCUGUACACUUUGUUUAUAAGAAGCCAGGGAAGGGCAAUGAGUUUUUUUUGUACAGAUAAUAUUGUAAAUAGUUAUAAUCCUGAAUGCACUGUAACAAAAUAAGAGCAUACAUUUCCCAGUGAAUGACAGACGUGGUCGUAUGCUUGCAUACAGGCCAUAGAUCUGCAUGGUAUAACUUGCUAUAACAGGAGUUAAAUUAAGCCCCAAACUAGUAAAAAUAAUUUUAAUGUAGACACAUGAGCAAAGCUUAAAUCUGCAACAAAAACAAACUGUGUUACCACUUCAGCACAAGCCUGAAUGCAGCUUUUAACCUACUUACCAACUCUCACUCGCAGUGUUAAUUUGUGAUUUAUUAUAAUGGUUAGACUCACAGCUUACCUCUCUGUUAUGGUUGCCUUGCUAGUAGAGUGCACAAAUGGAAUUCUUAUUCUUUGAUAACAUACUAGUGCUUGCACUGUAGAUUCGUGUAUUUUCUAACAAGUAGGUAUAACCCCUCGAAAAUGAAUAGUGAGCAUUAGUAGCUUAAGGUUAUUUUGGAUAGCCGUCACCCCCGUAGAGACGUUGUUUGUUACUAACUCAGGGAACUGAGGAUUGUGGCCUGGGUUUGCCGGUCCCUCUGCAAGCAGAAAAAUUGAAUUUAUUGCUUAAAUAUUUCCUCACAGUUACUGCAGUUUCAGUGGUUCAGAGCUUGCAAUGCGCUUCAUGAUAGAAAGCAGAUAUUUGAUUGCAUCCUGGAGUGCCGCAGAUCCCGAAACACUUGAGCUCUGACACACGCGUCCACAAAGCGAUUAAAAAGGCAUUGUUCUCCCUGCAGAGAUGUCUGGAAUGGCAUUUUUAUAACUAAACUUUGAAAUAAAAGUCUUCCAACAAUAACUGCUUUAUGUUACAUUUUAUUUUUCAUGUUAUUCUACUUGUUAUUUGCAUGUCUGUUCUUGACUGUAUUAACUGGGAAAAAAAAAAACAUGUAACAGGUUUAAAAAAAUGUUUAAUAAUUUCCAAAGAGGUGACAGAGCAUAGUUUUUGCAUGUUUUUCUUGACAGAUUUCAUUCUUUGAUUCAUGGUUAUUAAAAAUAUAGAUGAAA